AUGGAGAUUCUCGAAUACUCCGAAGAGUUCGGUGGCCCCGCAGAUGGUUACGCCUUCCAGAAGACAACCGUGGUCUACCAAUUAUCCGGCUCCAUCUACCGUUCCUUCUCACGAAAGCGAUAUGCAUCGAAAGAAGACAUCGAGUUCGGCGACCUCUACAGUACCAACAAAAUUAAAGGAGCCCUCGUCUUCCCCGAAUUCUCAGAUAAGUUCACGAAAGCACAAACUCCCUCGGGUGGAUCGACUUGGUAUCUGAAAAGACCUAGCCUUUCACCUUACACACCCAACUACCCAUCCCUGAUCCGAGAUAUGUGGGUCGAAGAAGUGAAGACCUGCGAGCUCCUGAAGAAAAAUCCACAUCCAAACAUCGCUGAAUAUCACGGCUGCGCUGUCGUUGACGAUGGGUCGAUUCGAGGCGUCUAUUUCACGAAGUAUGAUCAAACGCUCAUGGACCGAGUGAACCCCGCGAGACGCAGCAAGGUGGAUUUUGCCUACGAGCGACGCGGAGCUGAUCGAAACGAGGUGGAGCUUUGGCUGCAGGAUAUUACACGGGGUUUGGAACACCUCCACGGGCUGGGGAUCGUCCACAAUGACAUCAACCCGUGCAACAUUAUGUUUCAGGGUGACACCCCUGUCAUCAUUGAUUUUGACUCCGCUCGCCCGCAUGGACACGAUCUGAAUCUGGUUAAACGCACAAGUGGGUGGCAUGAUAGUAAGACCAUUGUGGCUUCGCCGGACAAUGAUUUCGCUGCGUUGCAGGAAAUUCAGCAUUGGCUUCUUGGGGAGGUUCAUCGGUUCCAGUUUUGA